CUCUACUGACAACGUGUGUAUAUAGUUCCAAGCUAAGCGUACAGAUUUACUCAAAAUGCAUUUUACAUAUUUAGUGUGUCUGCUGGUACUUUUGGUUUGUCUGGCGACAAGUGUUGCUGCUAGUAAUAUUGAUGAGUGUGAUUAUUACUGUGGUGGUACAUGCCGUGCUAAAAAAUGUAAUAGGGGCGAGAUAGCCUCGGAAAACUCGUACUAUUAUUGGUAUUAUGGCUGCUCUCACUACUGUGGGGAAGGUCGGGUGUGCUGUGUGCAAGAUUACGAUUCAGAUGUAUGUGAAUAUUAUUGUGGUGGUACAUGUCGUUCUAAAAAGUGUAAUAGAGAUGAGAUCACCACAGAAUCGGCAUACUCUUAUUGGUCGAAUGGUUGUUCUAGCUACUGUGGGGAAGGAAGGGUGUGCUGCAUACCGGAACCUUAUGAUGUAUGUGACCAUGAAUGCGGAGGAACAUGUCGUGCUAAAAAGUGCAAUGCAGAUGAGGAAGUAUCUGAUUACAGUUACUGCAAUAGCUACUGUGAAGAAAAGAAACGACUGUGCUGUGUGCAAUGGGAAUGAACCGUGUAAAACAAGUUCAAAAUGCACUAGGAAUCAGCUCAACACAACAAGAGAGCACUGUUAACAUUAGCUCUAGCAAUAAAUCAGAUUAAAAUAAAUA